GCAAAACCAAUUGGACCAUCCAAAUCGAGUUUCGUAGCGAUAUUCCGAUAAUGGCGAGCAGAUCUGCGGUGAUAACGGUCGUGUUCGCUCACAUUGCCCUCUGCGGCACGGCGGCGGGCGAAGCCAUAUACGAUAACCAGGGCCUCGGUACGUUGGUGACAGAAACGGGGGGGGAAAGGGCAGCAGAUCUACGUGCGGUGAGCGCCUCGUGUGUAGGGAACGGAUAUGCCGGGGCCUGCGAGGGGAAGAAGUGCGCCAUCGGCGGAGAACUCAGCGUCAAGUAAGAGAGGAAGGAUGCCAGUGGAUGGCUGGAACAGGUGCACAGAUCCCUCGGUGGAUGGCGUAUGUGCGCUUGCAGGGAGGGGCCUGAGAUGGGAUCCCUGUGCUACCUGCCAUUGGGCAAGCAGGCCAAGGCGUACAAGAAUGAGGACGGGAUGGACCUCGAAUUCGGCGCUGAAGUCUUGUGUUCUUACUCACAGUACAGGUUCUCGGACUUCCCCAAAGAAGGCCGGCCGGCCUGUGUCUUCUACAGCACGACGACCGGCGACCAGCACGUGAUCGUAAGUAACCAAAACAAAAGACCAGUGGUUCAUUCAACGUGUGAAAGCGUUUGUGUCUUCCCGAGGUCCGGAUGCAAAUGCAGGUUGGCACGAAGAUGAUUUUUAUGAAGGACGCUGAGAAGCUGGACUACCCCGAGUGCGGUUUCCAACUCUGAGCUGGUACGUCAACAACACACGGAAACGUGUAUGUAUGUGUAUGUAAUGUAUGUUUUCCCCUACCCCCAUUCCGUGCAGCCAAGGCAUCACACCACGGCAAAUCAGGCGGCAGCAAAUAGCUAGCUAUCUGCAGCAGCAUUAUACAUUUUCUUUCUCUGGACAGGACAUGACAUACAUACACACACACACACGAGGUUCCUCACACGCACACACACCGAGGGUUUUGGUCGCUGUUUGCAGUGUGUUUGCGUGUGGUUUGAGUACCUUGAUCGGCUGGCUGCCUGUGUGCGUGUGCGUGUGCGUGUAUGUGCAGUGGCCUGUGUGUGAGUGUGUCUGAAAUAAAUGGGCGCGCGGGGUAGUCAAUUAAUCAAACAGAGGUCGGCUGGCUGGCUGUCUGUCUGACUGCGAUGGCCUGGACUGGCUGACUGCAUGGAUGCCGCUGAUAUUUGCAUUGGCCGUCUGAUGGACAAACACGACACACGACCUUUUUUCUCCGUUAACUUUACCCCCUCCAGACCAACAGCACAGCUCGCACAUUCAGAAGGUUUACUUGUCGUCAUGCCCCGCCUUUCGCAGCUU